CUUGUUUCCACGGGGAAUGUUUUGAUCAUCGGACCCCCCUGUCCUUAUCAUUGAAAAACGAACAAUUUUGACUUGAGAUGAAAUUAAAGUUUUUGACAUGGGACGCGAAGGACACUUUGCUACGUAUGCGUUUGCCUGUCGGACAGCAAUAUCACGCUGAAGCCAAGAAGCGAGGCCUUUCUGUUAACCCAGCCUUGCUAGAGACUUCUUUCCGGCUGGCUUACAGUACACAUUCCCGGCUCUUCCCCAACUAUGGAUUGAGGCAAGGCCUGACCUCCCAGCAGUGGUGGUUGGAUGUGGUAUCACAGACUUUCCGUCUCUCCGGUGUUGAAGAUAAUAGGUCCAUUCACCCAAUAGCAGAAAAGCUGUACCAAGAUUUUUCCACCGCCAGCAACUGGGAAGUGUUACCUGGAGCUAAGGAAGCUCUUGAGGGCUGUAGGAACCUGGGACUGAAGAUGGCUGUGAUCUCUAACUUCGACCGAAGGUUGGAUGAUGUUAUGAAACAGUGUGACCUAGAUGCCUACUUUGAGUUUGUGCUGACCUCUGAGAGAGCGGGAAUUGCUAAGCCUGACCUGGGGAUCUUCCGCAAGGCCCUGAGCAUGGCCAAAGUGGAGCCACAUGAAGCAGUUCAUGUAGGGGACGAUUACAUGAAUGAUUACAGAGCCGCCCGGGAUGCAGGAAUACACAGCUUUCUGAUCCGGCCAGAGACAGACACCCAACCAGAGAAACACGGGAUUCCGAGGGAACAUUUACUGCACUCCCCGGAGCAGAUCAUUCCACGGCUGAAAGACAUCUUGAAAUAAACUAUUUAUACUUAA